UAUCCAUUCAGGAAGAAGCGAGUUUGAUCCAUGGUCUGAUUAGCUUAGCUAGUUUAGACUGCUAAACAUCUCUAUAGUGCAAAAAUGGCGUCGGUCAACCCGUUUGAUCUCAGUGAUUCUGAGGAAGAGGCUGAACGGCGCACUAAUGAAACAGCAGACACAGAGAGAAGCCCGAGUGACGGGGCUCCGGGGCCGCCGCCGGGGAACCCGUUCCCUCCGCCUGCGGACGCCGAGCCUCCGACGCUCCUGCUGUGUGGUAACCGGACAAGCCCCAGCGGUGAAGGCAUCUCGGUCUCGGUCGCGGCCACCUCCGCCAUGGCAGGCAGCGCCGAGACACGGGUGUCUGUGGAUGCUAUUGCUGCUCAGCUUUUACGGGACCAAUACAUUCUCACGGCCCUGGAGUUUCACACCGAGCUACUGGAGGCAGGCAGAGAGCUCCCGAGGCUGAGGGAUUAUUUCUCCAACCCUGGCAACUUCGAGCGACAGAGCGGCACUCCGCCUGCCAAGGACCAGGUACUCGGACCUGGAGGACCACUGAAUCGUGCAGGCAGCAUCAGCACCUUGGACUCUCUGGACUUUGCCCGUUAUUCAGAUGACGGCAACCGAGAGUCAGAUGAGCGGGUGGCAGUGCUGGAGUUUGAACUACGGAAAGCAAAGGAGACCAUUCAGGCUCUGCGCGCCAACUUGACUCAGGCAGCAGAGAGCGAAGUGCCCUCUCAGGAGAGAAAAAACUUCAAGUCAAGUCCUGAAAUUCAGGAGCCUAUACGCCCACUGGAGAAAAGAGCCUUAAACUUCCUUGUGAAUGAGUAUUUAUUAAAAAGUGAAUACAAACUCUCAGCCAUCACCUUCUCUGAUGAAAAUGAUGAUCAGGACUUUGAGUUGUGGGAUGAUGUUGGCCUCAACAUCCCAAAGCCCCCUGACCUGUUACAGCUCUACAGGAACUGUUGGACCCCUCUCCCUUCUCCUCGGGACAUGGUUGAUGUGUCAGUGGGGGUGGAUUUCGGCACUCUUCCAGGAAACUGCAUCGCCCAAGAUCCCCCAAAGAAGCCUGACCUGUCAAAACAGCAACAGACAGAAGUCGUCCAAGAAUUGGAGUACCAGAUAAGCCUCCUUAACAUCGAGAAGCAGAGUCUAGCUGAGCAGAUCAAGAAACUGCAGAGGUGUGUGCCUGAGUGCAGUGAGAUUCAGACACUGAAGAGGACGGUCUCCUCCCCACCUCCGUCCACUCUGGACCUGGGCUCCCAGAAUACAUCCCACCCCUCCUCCUCCUCCACCACCACUAACACUUCCUCCAGUGACCCUGUCUCUGUGUCUUACCCUCAGCCUCCUACUGAUAAUGGCCAGUAUCUGGACAUCCGGGGGGUUUCAGAGCCUGAAACUGACCCAAACCCCCCCUCUGCUCAGAACACAUCACAGCCCCACCCACAGUCACACAACAAGCUUAAGAGUCGGCCUCCUGUUGUGUUUGAUCAACCUAACAGGAAGUUAUCCCCGGCAUUCCAGCAAGCCCUGCUGUCCUUCUGCAGAAUGUGCUCUGACAGCCGCCUGGGAGCAGAGGUGUCCCGCAUAGCAGACAGUGAGGAGAGUGUCAUGUUAAUGCUGGGCCGCUGCCUCCCUCACAUCGUCCCUAAUGUCCUUCUUGCCAAACGAGAGAGAAUGGUUGCACAUCUUUGCCAGGAGUUGAUUCCACUCAUCUUGUGUACCGCCUGCCUUCACCCAGAGCCUAAGGAGAGAGACCAGCUCCUCCACAUCCUCUUUAAUCUAAUCAAGAGACCAGAUGAGGAGCAGAGACAAAUGAUCUUGACGGGGUGUGUUGCGUUUGCGAGGCACGUGGGUCCCACGCGUGUCGAGGCUGAGCUACUUCCUCAGUGCUGGGAGCAGAUUAAUCACAAAUAUCCAGAGAGGAGAUUGUUGGUGGCAGAGUCCUGUGGAGCCUUAGCGCCAUACCUGCCUAAGGAGAUCCGUAGCUCCUUGGUGUUGUCCAUGUUGCAGCAGAUGCUCGCUGAGGAUAAGGCUGACAUGGUCAGAGAGGCUGUGGUCAAGAGUCUGAGUAUUAUCAUGGGUUACAUAGAUGACCCUGACAAGUACUCCCAGGGUUUUGAGCUGAUGCUGCUGUCCCUUGGCGACCCCUCUGAGCGGGUGGUCAGUGCAGUCCACCAGGUCUUCAUCCCUGCCUUUGCUGCCUGGACCACAGAGCUGGGCACCCUGCACACUGCACUCAUCCCUUCUCUGUUGGCACGUAUAGAGAAACUACUUAUGCAAGGAGAACACGGUCUGGAUGAACACAAGCUACACGUGUUCCUGUCGGCCCUGCAGUCUCUCAUCCCUCCUCUGUUUGGUGUGGUACUGCAAAACGCGCCGUUCACCAGCAGAGCCAAACUCCACGGAGACAUACCUCCAAUAGAGGUGACCCGGUUCCCCAGACCAGCCUCUCCCCUCCAGGACGUGUCAACCAUCAUCGGCAGCAGGGAGAUGCUGAGUGCCCUGCUGAUACUCUACGACCACCAGCUAGAGCACGAAGGAACCACCAGCUGGGACAGCCUGCUAUGGGUGGUCAACCAAUUCCUUCCUCAGCUCAUAGAUAUCGUGGGGCGUAUCAACGUGACAUCAUCGACCUGCGUGCACGAGUUCUCUCGCUUCUUCUGGAGGUUCUGCCGCACCUUCGGCAAGAUUUUUACCAACACUAAGGUUAAACCACAGUUCCAAGAGAUCCUCCGACUAUCUGAAGAGAAUGUUGAUGUUUCACCAGGGAACGAUAUUCUCACCAAAGCCACAGUCCCCAUCUAUGCCACUGGAGUGCUGACUUGUUAUAAUCAGGAGGACGAUCGCAAGUUGUUGGUGGGUUUCCUGGAGGAUGUUAUGACAACCUUGUCUUUAUCCCAUGCACCUCUCGACAGCCUGAAGGCUUCCUUUGUAGAGCUGGGUGCUAAUCCAGUGUACCAUGAAUUGUUGCUCACUGUUCUGUGGUAUGGGGUAGUCCAUACCUCUGCACUGGUACGAUGUACUGCAGCACGGAUGUUUGAGUUGGUUCUCCGAGGCAUGAGUGAAGCAUUAGUAGAUCGCCGGGCGGCUCCGGCCCUUAUAACUCUGUGCAGUGGGCCUGAAUUCUCAGUGAGGAUAUCCACCAUCCCUGCCUUUGGUACCAUCAUGGAGACUGUCACGCAAAAGGAGCUGCUGGAGCGUGUAAAAAUGCAGCUGGCAUCAUUCCUGGAAGACCCUCAGUACCAAGAUCAGCACUCUUUGCACAUGGAGAUCAUCAGGACAUUUGGAAGGGUCGGACCCAAUGCAGAGCCACGCUUUAGAGACGAUUUCGUGUUGCCACACCUUCACAAGCUGGCGCAGGCUAACAACAGCCAGGCUGUGGAAAACAAGAGGAUCGACAUCGCCACCCAGCUGUUUGAGGCCUACAGCGCCCUCUCCUGCUGCUUCAUUUCUGAGGAGGUGAUGAUGAACCACUUCCUGCCUGGCCUCAGGUGUCUCCACGCUGACAUGGAGCAACUCUCCCCAGAACACGAGGUUAUUCUGAACUCUAUGAUCAAAGAAUGUGAAAUCAAGGUGGAAAACAGAGGAAUGGGAGACGCACAAGGCUCCAUGUCCAUCGCCUCCAGUUUGGUGGGUGAGGAUGCCAAGACCAAGUUCCUGAGCAAGAUGGGUCAGCUAACCACCUCUGGCGCUAUGCUGGCCAACGUCUUCCAGAGAAAGAAGUGAUCACAACACUGACUGACUGAUCAAGCCCUGCGACUAACUGACCUUCCCUGCUGGGAGCAUUUCAUUUUACUGGAAAAGGCAUUGGUUCAGCCUAAAACAGAAGCAAUCCAAGAUUAUUGUUUAUUCAAUUUCAAGAGAUUAAGAUUUGCUGAAAGUUGAGGUGAUUUCAAAUCUCCAGUGCAGCAGGACACCGUGUUCUUUAAAGGUGAACAGCAAUGUUUUUUAAAGUGAAAACUGAGGGUUUCCCCUCUGCCCAUAUUUCCCCUCCUUAAACCUUAAUCAUGACGAAAGGGUUGUCGAGGACUAGGGAUUUGGUUUUGUGAGUCAAUCUUGUUAACAUUGUCAUUUCAGAGAGAGGAUGAAAUGGAACAGUAUUGAAAUUCACUCGAAAGCGAUAACAAGGGACUUGCUUCCUGGACGUUGCUGGACUCGAAAGUAUCACAGAAUUUCAAUUUCAAUUUCAGUGCAGUUCUACUUGUAUCAGAAGAGCUUCUCUCGUCUCUAGGAAGCAAAACUCUGAGCACGGCCUGCUGGAUUUUAUUUUGAAUUUUUAAACGCCAUUUUGGAGUUGUCCAUUCACUUUGCAUUUGUCAUUGAGUAAUUGUGCUGAAAGACAACAAAAUGGAUCCAAGUCUGUUAAGAAUGCCUUGUGCAGUGUAUAUCUGUACAACUCGCCUACUUGAAGCUAUGAAAUAGUCUUGCCUUUAUUACUUCAAAGUCUGUCUCUGGUUUUUGUUUUGAUAGCUUCUAUUUUAUAACUUAUUUAUGUCUUAAUGAAGAAAAAACAUACCUUAUUCCAACUUCCAAAGAUAUUUGCACUUCACUUUACUAUUUUGUUUGUUUAUUAGAUAUAUAUAUAUGUUUUAAUUGAGAGUAUUACACAUGGUGAACAUUAUCACUACUGUUUAUGAUUAUUUUUUUGUUCAUCUGUUUUGGCAAUGUGUAGUUGAAGAGAACACUGAUCAUAAUUAUUCCCUCUGUCCGUUGCAUCUAGUCUCUCUGUGUUGCAGUGUCUCUGAUAAUUGUACUGCUUUUUUUUUUUCUAAAGUGGGUAUUUGGUUCUUUUUUUGUUGUUGUUCUUUUUCAAUAUGCUCUAAGAGAAACAGUAAAUAACUGUAUCAUACACUGAACCGAAGAGGAUGGUACUCAUUAUGUAUAUUUGAAAUUGGUGUCAUGGUGUAAUAAAAGAUGGAGAUGA